GAGUGGCUGACAGAGUUGAAAGGUUAAAGACACGCUAAAGCUAAACUAGCGACAGGAAAAGCGUCCCCUAAAUACCGUAAAAAUGUCAGAGACGGAGGAAAACACAGAGAUGAGUAUUCCGUGUGUGCUUGUCACUAGCUGUGACAGUGGGUUUACCGAAGAAGACCUGAUAAAACAGAUCCUCAGUACGAAGACUUUGCCCGAGCCGACUAAGCGAGAGGAAACAGUAGUGUGGUAUCCCUGGACCAUCAACAAUAAAUAUUACACAGCAGAUGUCAGGCUAUGUGUUGUACCAAGCACCUUUCAGAUGUCAUCAGAGAUUGCUCAGUCUAUGCAAGCUUUCAUUGCUUACUUUGACAGUACUAAGACGGAUGGAUUGGAAAAGCUACAGCCUUGGAUAUCAGUGGUGGAAGAUCUCGCUCCGGAGGUGCUCAUUCUGGUGUGCGACAGAGUCUGUGAAAGUGGGGUCACCAGACAUGAAGCACAACAGUGGUGUUUGGCUCAUGCGUUUGAACUAGUGGAACUCAAUCCACAGGAGCUUCCUGACGAGGAUGAUGACUUUCCAGAAUCCACGGGGGUAAAGAGAAUUGUUCAGGCUCUCAAUGCUAACGUGUGGUCCAGUGUGGAGAUGAAGGAUGGGCACAAUCAGGGAUUUGGCCUGAUGAGCAGUUUGGUGGCCUCCAGACAUAACAACCCCCGCAGCUGCCAGGAUCCACCUUCUUCCAGUUUGCCAGUAGAGGGCGCACUUGUUAAUGAGGAGGCCGACCACACAGAAAGUACUACAAACACAGACACACGGGAGGACGCAGUAGUUGAUGCAAUGACUGAUUUGGACAUACAGGAGCUUGCCAAUCUCACAGCUGGAGAUGCGGAUGUGGAUAACUUUGAGCGCCUUUUUACCAAAUUAAAGGAGAUGAAAGACAAAGCUUCUUCAUUACCUCAUGAGCAGAGAAAAGUCCAUGCAGAAAAGGUGGCAAAAGCGUUUUGGAUGGCCAUCGGUGGCGAUGAAGAUGAGAUAGACGGGCUAUCGUCGGGUGAGGAGAGCUAAAAGUAGCUUGCCUGCGACUCAAUCUCCUGUCUCCUGAUCCUCCCGUCUUUCCUGGGGCUCCCACAAGAUUCAGCGCCCCCUGACGUCCUGCUAGAGCUCGGAAAGUGGAGGCGCUUACAGAUGGUUCUGUAGGCUUUAUCGUAUUUAGAAACUUUUUAUUCUUAGGACGAAAUUAUCUGAGUUGAGAAACGGAUGGAAACCCUGAUUAGAAGAGAAGAAGCCAGUGAGCGGCCCCGAUCCUCAGUCUACUCCCCCGGGUCCCUCGUCACACUUUAGCCCAGAGUGAACCUCAGCACGUGAGAAGUGUUGCAGGCGGAAAAACAUUAAAUUGUGUGGGCUUUGAUUUAUGUGUUUGUCUUUAUGUACCAUUGACACAUAUUUUAAAUGAUGUGCCUUAUCCUUGUAAGAGAUUUAAUGCACAUUCGGGUGAAUCAACAUAAAAACUUGUGAUUUUAUUUUUUUUCUGCCAUUUUGUGAGUACGGCCUAUUUACACUACGUGGGUUCGUACUGCUCAAGUUAUUCAGGUCAGAAAAAUAAGAAUACGUGUAUGCUACAUUAAUGAAAUAAAUGGAAAUGCAAUAAAUGAGUAGUAUUAGGAGCGUU